AGGCCAACAAUGGUUCCCAUAAGCAAAACUGGUGACUCUCCCACAGCAACAAUACAUCACAUCAUAAACAUCAUAUUAUGCACUAUAAAACUCUUCUCACUCUUUCACUUCCCUUUCAAUUUCCCUUUCAUCUUCCUUCCAACUUCUAAAACACCAAACACUCUUCAAACUCUUCUCCCAAUGGAAUCACUUAAACCAAACGCGAUUCGAGCUCACUUCGCCGCCAUUUCCAAAACCAUUCGCAUUUUCGAACUCUGCAUCCUCCUUCUCCUCCUUUCCUGGACUCUCACGCGCCUCCCUCUGGCCGUCUCCAUCUCCGCUGACUUCCUCCGUAAACUCGCCGCAAAUCCUCUCUUCAUCUUCGCCGUCUCUAACGCCAUCAUCGCCGCUCUUCUCGCACAAUCCGGCCGUUUCUCUGGCGAAAACACAGACGAACAUGCCGGUGCCGGCAAACUCUACCGCGAGUUUAUGAAUAGCCGUAUUGCGGUUUCAGAUCGCGAACACCAGCCUCCGUCUGUGACCGUUGAAACUCCGCCGGUUGCGUCGGAGGUGAAGUGCCAGGACAAGGAGGUAAUCUCUGAAACCGUUCCGGCUCCGGUUGUUCCAGAUCGCGAAGAUGAAGCGAGUUCCGAUUUUGCUAACUUCCGACGGAGUCAGUCGGAGAAGUGGAAAGGCGAGGCUGGAAAGAUGCAGAGACGGAAACAGCUCCGGCGAUCGGAAACAGAGAAGCUUCGAGAAACUGCUAAAGAAAAUUUGUAUCCGCAAGAUAAACUGAGUAACGAAGAGUUUCAACGCGCCAUUGACGCGUUCAUUGCAAAGCAAAUGAGGUUUCUACGAGAAGAUUCUUCCGCCAUUGUUGUUCGGAAAACUUCGUAGCUUUUAGAUUUUGAAUUCACAAAAGAAAAAAAAAGCGCUGAAAAAUGAAAAUCUAUUUGAAAAAAAAAAUCUAGAAGAGUUAUGAUGGUACUAUCUGUUUUCUUGCAGUGUACACUGUGUACAGUGUUAGUAAUAUUUUUAGCAAUUUGGGGGAAUUAUUAUUAUUUAUCUUUUUCAAAUAUUUUAAUGGUUGGAAUUCGAAUCACAAAUAUU